GGGCAUUUCACGUGGCCCGAGAAGAACUCGGGAGCCAAGAUCCCGGGAGAAUUAGGCAUCUGAACUUCCUUAACUUAUGAAGUGAGCAUCCACUGUGCACCUAAGACUGGUUGGCCUGUACUUGGCUUUGAGAAGGAAAUGGCUUCUCUUGAAUCAGCAUUUGGUGAAGAAACUAUGGCUGACAUUAAUCCUUCCUUGGCUAGAGAGAAUUCGGCAGCAACAGAAUGCUCAGAAUUCCACUUUAAUGCCAACUCUUUAACAGAACAAGGUCAAUUAUGCAUCUUGGAUCCUCACAGUCCUGAAUUUGUUGAUAAUGAAGGUUUGCCAACUGAUCAGCUGACAACUGCUGAGAAAGUAUCAUUGGAGAAUUCAGCAAAGGCAGAAGCAGUUUGGGAAUAUCAGGGGCAAUCAGACAAAAUUGUGACCAACCUUUCAGUACCCCAGCAGGACAAGAUCAUCUCUGUAAAGGAUGAGGAAACAAAUAGCCAAAGCUCAAAACAAAUUAAUAACCACAACAGCCAAGCUAAGAAUCUGUACUUUUGUGAAAGGCCUAAGACGGACAUUCAGCAGCCAUCUCUAUUUGCCCAAUAUAAAAAUGUGGUCUGUGCCAGUAGAGUGCCCAUGCAGAACAAGCAAUUUAAUUGGGAGCGAUUGGAAAUAUACAACUCAUUAGUGCCAGACCAGAACAGCCAAACUAAAAAUCAUUUAAUAGGUGAUCAUUGUGGAGAAAAUAACCAAGGGCUACCUCACCUUUUCCAAUAUUAUAAAAAUGCGCCUCCAAAUGAAAAUUCGGCUUGGCAGGAUCAAAACUGCAAAUCAGAAGUAAGCAGUCUGAUACCAGAAGCAUGCUAUGGAAGUGCAUUAGUACCUGUUCCUCCUCAGGCAGAGAAUAUAAUAGACUAUGUUGAUGAAGCAGUUGGUCCAAAUACAAUACAAGUGACAGACGAGAGGAGUGAGACUAAAAAUCUGCAUAUCUGUGACCAGUGUGGAAAGGAAUAUCAGUGGCUUUCUGAGCUUAUCCAGCAUCAGCUACUAUAUUUGGGAGGAGCAGCAGAUAGACAAGACCAGCUUCAUUUGGAAGGUAGAAAUCCAAGUUAUUUGGCACCCAUCUCCGUUUUUUUGCAGGAAAACAGUAUGUGUGCAACCUCUUGGGAAACAUUCCAACUAAUGUCAAGAGAUCAUAACACUCAUGCCAAAAUGCUGUAUCUCUGCCAUCGGAGUGGAAAGGAUUUCUGCAGGUCCUCUGUACUUAAGUGGCAUAUACAGCCUAAGGAGGAACUGACUAGACAGAGUGAGUCAAAAAUAAAUAAAUCUAGUACCUUUUCAUUUGUUCCCCAUGUGACGGGGAACAUGUUUGUAGACUCUUGUGAAACAUCCAACUUAAACUCAAAGCUCACAAGUCCUUAUAUAGGGAAACAACACAAUGAACAAUGUGGAAGAUGCUGUCAUUCUCUUUGUGCUCAACAACAUCUUGAUAAUUUGAAAGCAGAUAGAGAUGAACUGUUCCAUUUGGAAGCAUACAAUCCAAAAAAUGCAAUGCUCAUUCCGCUGCAAGCAGAGAAAACAUUAAGUGAAAAAUCAAACAUUCCCAUAGAUCAAAAGAACUAUGCCAAGAAUUUGUACACUUCUAACUGUGAUAAGAACAAUUUCCAAUGUCAUUGUUUGUUGACCAAACAUCAUCGACAUAUUCCCUUGGGAGGGGAAAUAGACACACAGGACCUAUUUAAAAUGCAAGCAGGCUGUUUAAGUCAAUUUCAAAUGGAAAGUAAAAUUAUAGGAUCUUCUGAAACAAUUAAACCUCAGUCAAAUCAAACAAUAAAUCAAGGUUUCCAUUUCAAGAGUCUGAAGAUAUGUACAGAAUGUGGGAAGGACUUCCCAUGGUCCUCUGACCUGGCUCAAUAUAAAGUUGUGCACUCUGGGAAAGCUAGUGAGAAACAAUGCCCAUCAAAGGUAGAUGAUCAAAAUGGUUUGCCACCUGGUCUCAUGAAAUUUGAUCAACCUUCCCAUCUGAAGACAAACCAGUCGACUCAGAAAAACAAAUCCUACACAUGUGGUCACUGUGGAAAAAGCUUCAAGUGGCCUUCGGACCAUUCUAGAAAAAAAUUAAUGAGAGGAAAGGGCACCAAACCCACCAAAUCCUAUAUCUGCGAUCAGUGUGGAAAACAUUUCUAUUGGCCUUCCCACCUCGCCCAACAUAAACAGACUCAUUUUAUAACAAAAGUAAUGAGAAGUAAGUAUGCCAAGCUAAAACAAUCCUAUAUUUGUGGACAGUGUGGAAAAAAUUUUGAGUGGUCUAAACUUGCCCAACAUAAAUGUACUCAUUCUAGAAAAAAAAUACUGAGAAGCAUGGGCACCAAACUCAAUAAAUACUACACACGUAGUCAAUGUGGAAACAGCUUCCAGUGGCCUUCUCAAUCUGUCCAACACGAAUACACUCAUUCAAGAAGUAAAUUAGUGAGAGGCAAGUCCACCAAGCUCAUUAAGUCCUGUAUCUGUGAUCAGUGUGGAAAAAGCUUCACAUGGCCUUCUGAUCUUGCCCGACAUGAACGCACUCAUUCUAGAAAAAAAUUAUUGAGAGGCAAGUGCACCAAACUCAACAAAUGCUAUACAGGUAGUCAAUGUGGAAAGAGUUUCCAGUGUCAUUCUCAACUUGCCAAACAUGAACAAACUCAUUCCAGAAGUAAAUUAUUGAGAGGCAAGUGCACCAAGCUCAACAAAUCCUAUAUCUGUGAUCAGUGUGGAAAAAGCUUCACAUGGCCUUCUGAUCUUGCCCGACAUGAACACACUCAUUCUAGAAAAAAAUUAUUGAGAGGCAAGUGCAUCAAGCUCAAUAAAUCCUAUAUCUGUAAUCAGUGUGGAAAAAGCUUCACGUGGCCUUCUGAUCUUGCCCGACAUGAACACACUCAUUCUAGAAAAAAAUUAUUAAGAGGCAAGUGCACCAAGCUCAACAAAUCCUAUAUCUGUGAUCAGUGUGGAAAAAGCUUCACAUGGCCUUCUGAUCUUGCCCGACAUGAACACACUCAUUCUAGAAAAAAAUUAUUGAGAGGCAAGUGCACCAAGCUCAACAAAUCCUAUAUCUGUGAUCAGUGUGGAAAAAGCUUCACAUGGCCUUCUGAUCUUGCCCGACAUGAACACACUCAUUCUAGAAAAAAAUUAUUGAGAGGCAAGUGCACCAAGCUCAACAAAUCCUAUAUCUGUGAUCAGUGUGGAAAAAGCUUCACAUGGCCUUCUGAUCUUGCCCGACAUGAACACACUCAUUCUAGAAAAAAAUUAUUGAGAGGCAAGUGCACCAAGCUCAACAAAUCCUAUAUCUGUGAUCAGUGUGGAAAAAGCUUCACAUGGCCUUCUGAUCUUGCCCGACAUGAACACACUCAUUCUAGAAAAAAAUUAUUGAGAGAGGCAAGUGCACCAAGCUCAACAAAUCCUAUAUCUGUGAUCAGUGUGGAAAAAGCUUCACAUGGCCUUCUGAUCUUGCCCGACAUGAACACACUCAUUGUAGAAAAUAAUUACUGAAAGGCAAGCAAUGCCUCAACACAUCACAUAUUUUUUAUCAGUGUGGAAAAGGUUUCCAAAGGCCCUCUGACUUUGCCUGACAUGAACACACUUAUUUUAGAGAAAUGUCACAUAGAAAUAAACACAUAAAGCUUCAAAAGCUGUUUGGGUAUACUCUGUAAAAAGAAUUUUAAGGGGUUUCUCCCUUGUUCAACCUAAAUGCUCUCAUUCUGGGAAAUAAUGACUAGAAGCAAAUGCACCAAGCUCAAGAAGCUGCGCAUCUGUUGUGAAUGUAGAAAAAAAAACUUCCAAUGGCUUUCUAAGCCUUUGCUAAAUAUCGGCAUGUUCAUUCCAGAAAAAUGUUAAUAUCCAGAAAUUAUGCAGUACAGUUAUGGUUACACUGGGAAACUGAUGGUGUAGCCUGACCUUGUCCAGCAAACCCAUGUUUACUCUAAAAUAAAAUUGAUGAGAGGCAAAUGUACCAAAGCUUCCCACAUCCUGUCUUUUCCAGCCAUGAAAGGAUUCACACUAAAGAAAUACACUUAGCCAAUGACAAGUGCAUUAAGCUCCAGAAAUCCUCUAUUUGUCCUCAGUGUGAAAAAAGUCUUCAGUGGUUGCCUGAACCUCCUGACAAUGAAUCUGUCAGAUUCAUUCCAGGAAAAAAUAAUGGGUUUAACCUGCCUGCUUGCUCCAGCAGAAAAGGCUUGCUGCAGACCCUCUCAAGGAAUUUUAGUUGGCAGCGUUGAGAAGAGCCUUUUCUACUGUGGCUCCCACCACGUGGAAUAUUCUACUGCCAGUGAGAUCUGCCCCUCACCAUUUGGCCUUCCAGAAGGACCUUAAAACCUGGUUUUGCCUGCUGUCUGGGGUGUAUGUGUGUGUUGUUUGCUGGAGGAGGUUGACCCAGUAAGAGAAGACCUCACUCCCAUGCCAUCCACCCCCUUGGUUUUAGUUCUUACAUAAGUUAUCUUAAUUUUAAAUAUUAAUUAAUUUUUUUAAAAAAUCUUAAUUUUAAAAACCCAUGGUGGCACAGUGGUUAAAAUACAGUAUUGCAGGGUA